GCGGCGGAGGGAUCCCGGCGGAGGCGGCCGCAGCCGGGGCCGCUGCCUGAGAGUUGUUGUUUCCUCCUCCUCCUCCUCCGCCUCCGCCGCCGUCGCUUGAAUGGUGGAGCCGAGGCUCGGCUCGUGAGCACACACUGACAGCUACAGGGCAGGCGGCGGCGCCGUCCCCGCGUCCCCUCGGCGGCGGGCCGUCCCGCCAGCGGCCCCGAAGUGACCCGCCGACAUGUCUCGGGAGAGGAAAGGCCUCUCGGAGCUGCGAUCCGAGCUCUACUUCCUCAUCGCCCGGUUCCUGGAAGAUGGACCCUGUCAGCAGGCGGCUCAGGUGCUGAUCCGCGAAGUGGCCGAGAAGGAGCUGCUGCCCCGGCGCACCGACUGGACCGGGAAGGAGCACCCCAGGACCUACCAGAAUCUGGUCAAGUAUUAUAGACACCUUGCACCUGAUCACUUGCUGCAAAUCUGUCAUCGACUAGGACCCCUUCUUGAGCAAGAAAUCCCUCAGAGUGUGCCUGGAGUACAAACUUUAUUAGGAGCUGGAAGACAGUCCUUGCUACGUACAAAUAAAAGCUGCAAGCAUGUCGUGUGGAAAGGAUCUGCACUGGCUGCACUACAUUGUGGAAGGCCACCAGAGUCUCCAGUUAACUAUGGUAGCCCACCUAGCAUUGCGGAUACUCUGUUUUCAAGGAAGCUGAAUGGGAAAUACAGACUUGAGCGACUUGUUCCAACUGCAGUGUAUCAGCAUAUGAAGAUGCAUAAACGAAUUCUUGGACACUUAUCAUCGGUGUACUGUGUAACUUUUGAUCGAACUGGCAGGCGGAUAUUUACUGGUUCUGAUGAUUGUCUUGUGAAAAUCUGGGCCACAGACGAUGGAAGAUUGCUAGCUACUUUAAGAGGACAUGCUGCUGAAAUAUCAGACAUGGCUGUAAACUAUGAGAAUACUAUGAUAGCAGCUGGAAGUUGUGAUAAAAUGAUUCGUGUUUGGUGUCUUCGAACUUGUGCACCUUUGGCUGUUCUUCAGGGACACAGUGCAUCUAUCACAUCACUACAGUUCUCACCAUUGUGCAGUGGCUCAAAGAGAUACCUGUCUUCUACUGGGGCGGAUGGCACUAUUUGCUUUUGGCUUUGGGAUGCUGGCACCCUUAAAAUAAAUCCAAGACCUACAAAAUUUACAGAGCGCCCUCGGCCUGGAGUUCAGAUGAUUUGUUCUUCUUUCAGUGCUGGUGGAAUGUUUUUGGCCACUGGAAGCACUGACCAUAUUAUUAGAGUUUACUUUUUUGGAUCAGGUCAACCAGAGAAAAUAUCAGAAUUGGAGUUUCAUACUGAUAAAGUUGACAGUAUCCAGUUUUCCAACACUAGUAACAGGUUUGUAAGUGGUAGUCGUGACGGGACAGCACGAAUUUGGCAAUUUAAACGAAGAGAAUGGAAAAGCAUUUUGUUAGAUAUGGCUACUCGUCCAGCAGGCCAAAAUCUUCAAGGGAUAGAAGACAAAAUCACAAAAAUGAAAGUAACUAUGGUAGCUUGGGAUCGACAUGACAAUACAGUUAUAACUGCAGUUAAUAACAUGACUCUGAAAGUUUGGAAUUCUUAUACUGGUCAACUGAUUCAUGUCCUAAUGGGUCAUGAAGAUGAGGUGUUUGUUCUUGAACCACACCCAUUUGAUCCUAGAGUUCUCUUUUCUGCUGGUCAUGAUGGAAAUGUGAUAGUGUGGGAUCUAGCAAGAGGAGUCAAAGUUCGGUCUUAUUUCAACAUGAUUGAAGGCCAAGGACAUGGUGCAGUAUUUGACUGCAAAUGCUCCCCUGAUGGUCAGCACUUUGCAUGCACAGACUCUCAUGGACAUCUUUUAAUUUUUGGCUUUGGGUCCAGUAGCAAGUAUGACAAGAUAGCAGAUCAGAUGUUUUUUCAUAGUGAUUAUCGGCCCCUUAUCCGUGAUGCCAACAAUUUUGUAUUAGAUGAGCAGACUCAGCAGGCACCUCAUCUCAUGCCUCCCCCCUUUUUGGUCGAUGUUGAUGGAAAUCCUCAUCCAUCAAGAUACCAGAGAUUAGUCCCUGGCCGUGAAAAUUGCAGAGAAGAGCAGCUGAUCCCUCAAAUGGGAGUGACUUCUUCAGGAUUGAACCAAGUUUUAAGCCAGCAAGCAAACCAAGAUAUCAGUCCUCUAGACAGUAUGAUUCAAAGACUACAGCAGGAACAAGACCUGAGACGUUCUGGUGAAGCAGGUGUCAGUAAUACCAGCCGUUUAAACAGAGGGUCUGUAAAUUCUACCUCCGAAGUUCACUCACCACCAAAUAUAGGGUUGAGGCGCAGUGGGCAAAUUGAAGGUGUGCGGCAGAUGCACAGCAACGCUCCAAGAAGUGAAAUAGCUACUGAGCGAGAUCUUGUUGCUUGGAGCCGAAGGGUAGUGGUACCUGAGCUCUCGGCUGGUGUAGCUAGUAGACAAGAAGAAUGGAGAACUGCAAAGGGAGAAGAGGAAAUAAAGAGUUACAGGUCAGAAGAGAAAAGGAAACACUUAAUGGUUGCAAAAGAGAAUAAAAUACUUACUGUCUCAAAGAAUCAUGCUCAUGAGCAUUUCUUGGAUCUUGGGGAGUCCAAAAAGCAACAGGCCAAUCAACAUAGUUACCGUACAAGAUCUGCACUGGAAGAAAAUCCCAGGCCACUGGAGGAGAUAGAAAAUGGGACUAGUUCUUCAGAUGAAGGUGAAGUGGUUGCUGUCAGUGGUGGAACUUCUGAAGAAGAUGAGCGAGCAUGGCACAGUGAUGGCAGCUCCAGUGACUACUCUAGUGAUUAUUCUGAUUGGACAGCAGACGCUGGAAUUAAUUUGCAGCCACCAAAGAAAGUUCCUAAGCAUAAAACCAAGAAAGCAGAAAGUAGUUCGGAUGAAGAAGAAGAGUCUGAAAACCAGAAGCAAAAACACAUUAAAAAGGAAAGAAAAAAAACAAAUGACGAAAAAGAUGGACCAACGUCACCAAAGAAAAAAAAGCCCAAAGAAAGGAAACAAAAGAGAUUGGCUGUAGGAGAACUAACUGAAAAUGGUCUUACAUUAGAAGAAUGGUUGCCUUCAACAUGGAUUACAGAUACAAUUCCCAGAAGAUGUCCAUUUGUGCCACAGAUGGGUGAUGAGGUUUAUUAUUUCCGACAAGGACAUGAAGCGUAUGUUGAAAUGGCCCGGAAAAAUAAAAUUUAUAGUAUCAAUCCUAAAAAACAGCCAUGGCAUAAAAUGGAAUUAAGGGAACAAGAACUGAUGAAGAUCGUUGGUAUAAAGUAUGAAGUGGGAUUGCCUACCCUUUGCUGCCUUAAACUUGCUUUUCUAGAUCCUGAUACUGGUAAACUGACUGGUGGAUCAUUUACCAUGAAAUACCAUGAUAUGCCUGAUGUCAUAGAUUUUCUAGUCUUGAGACAACAAUUUGAUGAUGCAAAAUAUAGACGGUGGAAUAUAGGUGACCGCUUCAGAUCAGUAAUAGAUGAUGCCUGGUGGUUUGGAACAAUUGAAAGUCAGGAGCCUCUUCAACCUGAGUACCCUGAUAGUUUGUUUCAGUGCUAUAAUGUUUGCUGGGACAAUGGAGAUACAGAAAAGAUGAGUCCUUGGGAUAUGGAAUUAAUACCUAAUAAUGCUGUGUUUCCAGAAGAACUGGGUACCAGUGUUCCUUUAACUGAUCCUGAAUCUAGGUCACUAAUUUAUAAACCUCUUGAUGGAGAAUGGGGAGCCAAUCCCAGGGAUGAAGAAUGUGAUAGAAUUGUUGGAGGAAUAAAUCAGCUGAUGACACUAGAUAUUGCUUCAGCAUUUGUGGCCCCUGUGGAUCUGCAAGCGUAUCCCAUGUAUUGCACUGUGGUGGCAUAUCCAACGGAUCUAAGUACAAUUAAAGAAAGACUGGAAAACAGGUUUUACAGGCGCUUUUCAUCACUAAUGUGGGAAGUACGGUAUAUAGAACAUAAUACACGAACAUUUAAUGAGCCAGGAAGCCCAAUUGUGAAGUCUGCUAAAUUUGUGACUGAUCUUCUUCUGCAUUUUAUAAAGGAUCAGACUUGUUAUAACAUAAUUCCACUUUACAACUCAAUGAAGAAGAAAGUUUUGUCUGACUCAGAGGAAGAAGAGAAAGAUGCUGAUGGACCAGGAACUUCUACCCGGAAAAGGAAGGAUCAUCAGCCUAGAAGAAGGUUACGCAACAGAGCUCAGUCUUACGAUAUUCAAGCAUGGAAAAAACAAUGUCAAGAAUUAUUAAAUCUCAUAUUUCAAUGUGAAGAUUCAGAGCCUUUUCGACAGCCAGUAGAUCUUCUUGAAUAUCCAGACUACAGAGACAUCAUUGACACUCCAAUGGACUUUGCUACUGUCAGAGAAACUUUAGAGGCUGGGAAUUAUGAGUCACCAAUGGAGCUAUGUAAAGAUGUCAGGCUCAUCUUUAGUAAUUCUAAAGCAUAUACACCUAGCAAAAGAUCAAGGAUUUACAGCAUGAGUUUACGCCUAUCUGCUUUCUUUGAAGAACAUAUUAGUUCAGUUUUGUCAGAUUAUAAGUCUGCCCUUCGUUUUCAUCAAAGAAAUACCAUAACCAAAAGAAGGAAGAAACGAAAUAGAAGCAGCUCCCUUUCCAGCAGUGCUGCAUCAAGCCCUGAAAGGAAAAAAAGGAUUUUAAAACCCCAGCUGAAGUCAGAAAUAGCUACCUCUCCAUUCUCUGUACCUACGCGAUCAGUACUACCAAGGCAUAAUGCUGCUCAGAUAAAUGGUAAACCAGAAUCCAAUUCUGUGGUUCGAACCAGGAGCAACCGAGUGGCUGUAGAUCCGGUUAUCAAUGAGCAGCCAUCCACAUCAUCUGCGACAAAAGCUUUUACUUCAAAAACUAAUGCAUCUGCCAUGCCAGGAAAAACAAUGCUAGAGAAUUCUGUGAAACAUUCCAAAGCCUUGAGUACACUUUCAAGUCCUAGUCAACCCACAUUUGGCCAUGGUACGAGGAAUAAUUCUGCAAAAGAAAACAUGGAAAAGGAAAAGCCUGUCAAACGUAAAAUGAAGUCUUCUGUACUCUCAAAAGCAUCCAUGCUUCCAAAGUCAUCGGCUGUCAUUGAUCAAGGAGAUUGUAAGAACAAUGUUCUCAUGCCAGGAACCAUUCAAGUAAAUGGCCAUGGAGGACAGCCAUCGAAACUUGUGAAGAGAGGACCUGGGAGGAAGCCUAAGAUAGAAGUUAACACCAGUAGUGGUGAAGUUACACACAAGAAGAGAGGCAGAAAACCCAAAAACCUGCAGUGUGCAAAGCAAGAAAACUCUGAGCAAAAUAAUAUGCAUCCCAUCAGAGGUGACGUAGUUCCUUCUUCAACAUGUAACUUUCUUUCUGAAACUAAUGUUGUUAAGGAGGAUUUGUUACAGAAGAAGAGUCGUGGAGGCAGAAAACCCAAAAGGAAGAUGAAAACACAAAACCUGGAUUCAGAACUCAUAGUUCCUACAAAUGUUAAAGCAUUAAGGAGAAGUAACCGGAAAAAAACAGAUGAUCCUAUAGAUGAGGAAGAAGAGUUUGAAGAACUCAAAGGCUCUGAACCUCAUAUGAGAACUAGAAACCAAGGUCGAAGGACAGCUUUCUAUAAUGAGGAUGACUCAGAAGAGGAGCAGAGGCAGCUCUUGUUUGAAGACACCUCUUUGACUUUUGGAACUUCUAGUAGAGGGCGAGUCCGAAAGUUGACUGAGAAAGCAAAGGCUAAUUUAAUUGGUUGGUAACUUGGAGUGGAAUAUUGUGCUUCAAAAUCUAUAAAGCAGGUACAGUUAAGGAGAAAGUAGAGCUACGGUUUCUGCUUCCUGGCUGCUAUGAUGGAUUAGGGAAUGCUACAAUUUGACUUGGGAAAAAAGGAAAGGAAAAAAAAAACAAAUUUAGAAGAUAAUUUACUUCUUUGAAUGAAAAAAAGUCUAUAUACAUAUAUAUUUCAAAUGUUUGCUAUUUAUUGCCCUUAGGUAGGUUAUUCGUUUCCACAUUCAUUUCACUCACUAUUUGAAAUUGAGAACCUGUUACAAAUUUCUGAUUUAUUUGUGGAAGAAACAUCUCUGCUACAUAUUUCUAGUGAUAGAGUGUUUUCUGUUAAAUUGAGUUAUUUUUGACCAAGUGAGGUACAUUUUUACUGAUAACAGAAGUCAUGCCCUUUGGAAGAAAGAUAUUACACAGAGUAGCAGUACAUUAAGAAACGUUUCCUCUAAAGAUAACUUUAAAGUUCCCACCAAUUUGUUAUUCUGAAAAGUGUUGUUAGUUGUAGGGUAUUCAACUACAGAAUAUCUAGAGGAAGCUUUUGUUUACUCCAUUUCUGCCAAACUUAGGAGAAAAUGUAUUGAUGCAAAGGAAACAUAUCCACAUUGGAAAACAUUUGACUGUCUAAUUUUUCAGACCUUGAUUCUUAUAUCAGUCACUCUAUCUCUGUUUAUUGUGCCAAAGACUGAGAAUCAGUGCAGUUGGAAAGCCUGUUUUUGACUGUCAGAACAGCAUACACUUUUCAAUACUGGAAAAGCUAUAUAUUCUAAAGAGCAAGUUAUUACUGAAUUAUGCUGAGUUGUAUCUUUUUUUGGUACUAAAAGUAGGAAAAUAAUGCACUGGUGGGUCCUUUGACAGAGAUAUCUUAGAGAAAAUGUUUUAAGUGGUUAAAGGAUUCAAGGAAAAUACAGAAAAAAGUAUGGAUUUGAUGUUUACUUAAUCUGGAUUGUUGUCAUUUUUAAACUUCAGACAUAUCCAAUAGGCUAAAUUGACUUACAAAGAACCAUGUCUGUGUGCGUGUGUAUAUUGAUAAAUGGGUGUGAUUGAAUAUAUAUACAAACGCAUACUUAAAUAUUAUUACCCAGGUAUAAAUUCUUUUUUCAGGAUUUUUUAGAUAGUAGUAAAAUAAAAAUAAUUUUAAAAUGUCAUACUUUAUAGUUUAAUUUUAAGGAAAAGAUUGGUUAUUUUCAAUUAUUAAAAGUUAAAAAUAGGCCAAAUCACUUUUUAUGCAAUCAUGUUUUAUACAGUGGUCUCAUUGCACAUUGUGUUUUUUUCUGCACUUUUUAUGGUAUCCUUAUCACGCUGGUAACUCAAUAUACACUCUAAAGAGAAACUCCCAUUUAAUGAUUGUGCCUUGUAUUCUAUUAUUUUUUGCAUCAUUAGUAAAAUUAAGUUGUCUAUUGUAAAUGAUAACUAUAUGACUUAGGAGAAUGUAUUGCUAUAUGUACUGCUAUGGAAAAGGAAAGCAGUUAUUUAUUUGUUUAUGGUACAUUAGUUAUUUUAUACCUUGAAAACCAACAUAAAUGCCAUUUCUAUUGUUUAAAAUCACUUUUUAAGUUUUAAGAAUGUAGUAUUUUCUGAGGACUAAUAUGGUACAAAAAUGUAUCCAAAAUGUUCAAAUACUACAUCUUUUAAAAGGAGGGAUGGGUAAAAUACAGAUUAGCAUGACCCUAAUAUACAGAAUAAAGUCUUUAAUUGAACCUUGGCAAAAUAUGUAACUAGAUUAUAUAAUUAUUUCCUUGUUUCCAAUAAGGAUAAAUGUUGACUGUCAUUUAACUGUCUUGAGGAAGAAUGAAAAGUGAUGCAUUUGGGCUUUUUAGAUCAUUUGUAAUGAAAUUUGUACAGAAACCCUCCAGUGACACUAAGUGAACCACUCUCCAGACCUUGACUGGACUGCUGUGACUUUACAGUUGAAAAUAAUUUCAAAUUUUUUAGGUUUUUUGUACAUUUAUUUUUUUCUAACAAAUAUAUUGAACUAUAUAAUUAAAAUUAAGUAGUUAACUCUUCAUAAUGCAGAAAUGAAUGACAUGUUUAUAGAAAAAUGAGUCAAUUUCACCAUUACUGAAAAUGAUAGUGUGUAUGUUGGAAAUUUACGUCACUAAAGUAACUAGUUGCUUUUGAAGGGAAUCUAUUUGAAAAAUGUAAUUUCCUGAUGUUAUCUGCAUUGUUUAGAAAAAUAGAUGUAAUCCAUUUUUAUAAAAAAAAAAAUGUAGUUGUAAGGUGUGUUCAAUAUAAGGAAGCGCACAGUCUUCGUGUGGAGGACCUCUAGAAUGGUGCACGAGUAGUUCCAACCUCUGAGCAGUGAAAUAAGUAUUUCCAUCUUAUCCUAUAAUGAGGAAAUAUAUUAUUUCUGUUUUAAAGACAUUAUAUUUAUGACCAUAUUUGGACAUUUUUAGAUACUGGUUUCUUAGUAAAGCAAAAUGACUUGGAUCACAUUAUUUGUAACUAAAAAGAUAUAUUGAUACCCCGUACAAAUUUUAUAUUUUUAUAAUUUAGCUUCUGUGCGUUGCAAAAGUUGAAUUAUGAAUUUAAGUCAUUAUCAUUGGGUUGUUACUACUGUUUGGAAAAGUCUCAUCUUGUGUGCACUGCUUAUAGGCUAGAAGGAAUUGUUGGCACUUGUCUUGGUAAGCAAUAAGAAGUUUACUGAAACUUUCAGAAGCAAAUUUAAUCUAUGUAUGGAACAUAGAUACCAGUUUUUAGGCUUUCAGUAGUCCAUGGCUGUAUUCCCAGCAUUUGGGGGUGGAGGCAGGAACAUCAGGAGUUCAGAGUUACCUCUAACUGCAAACCAACAGCACCAGAAAAUUCUAAUACCGUAUUGUUAUCUUCUGGUAUCCUACCUUCACAAAGCCCGAACUUAAUAGAAUUUUACUUGUCACAGGGUAGUGUAAAGACUGGUGUAGGAACAGUCUACCAGCCUUUGGAAGUAGACAUGUAGCUUCUCAGAGUUUCCUCCCUCGCAGUCUUUGUCCUCUGCAGUUGUUUUCACUACAAUUCAGAACGCUGUUGGGUUACUAUAGAACUGUCUUACUCUAAUUAGAGAACUCUGGAGCAGUUGUUAGGUGGUUAGGCCAUGGUGGAGAUACAAGAUCGUCGGUGAUUACAUAAGACAGUAGACAGCAAACAUUACAGUACCACAUCAUCCUUAUUAGAACUAUCCUUUAGCUACAGCGUAGUGGACUAGCCAGAACCUUCACAGGUGAAUGGAAAUAGUUUGACCUUGCAUGUUGUAAGCAGCAUUUACACAAGUUUCAGUUGACACCCUGCAGGUUUGACAUUCCAUUUUAUACGUCCAUAGCUGUCUAUAAAUCUUUCUCAAAUGUAAGGUGAAAAUAAAUGGUUUGAAGCUUUCUACCUUUAAAAAAAAUAAUUUUUAAUAUUUUGUUCACCUGAAAUUUAUUUUUUGAGUAGGUUGAAAGGACCAAGAUACUUGAGUGAUUAAAGGGCUAUUAUCAGUGUUCAUCCUAUAAGCAGGAGCUGUAGUAUUUUAUAAAAAGGGUGAGGGGAAUAACCUUUGUGUACAAUGCAUUACUCCCAUUUUUAUCCAGAAGAUACUGCUAACAAUAGCAGCUUGAUUAGGUGAUAAGUUGUCUCAUGUUAAAAAUUGGGGAAAGUACAGCUUUUGUUUCCAUCGGGAAAAAAGGGUGGGUUUGGCAGACUUAUGCUAGUUUCCCUGAUUUCUAGGUGACUUGAACUAAAAUUAAUGCAUUUACUCAGAAACUAUUUUGGUUUUAAUUAUACUCAUCAAAGUGCUCCGAAUAAAAGUCAUUUUGAACUAUGUACAUUACCCCAGGAAGAGGUCAGAUUGAAGAAGACUGUAAGUACCACUUUGAGCGCUCUGGAGGUGAACCUGCACACAGUACAGUGAGUAGACUAUCUGAGCUAUAAAUAUAUUUUUUAGUUUCAAUAGCUCUGUUUUGAAAUACUUUUUUAAUGCAGAUAAAAAUAUCAGGAAAUUAACCUUAUAUGGCACAAACCAAAUACAUAGUAGUAUAUGGAUGAGUUUCUACAUUUAAAGAGCUAAGAAGAUAGGUUCAGGAUUGUAUUAUAGUACAUGCACUUACAAGGCAGAUGCACACACAUGCUAAUUACUUCAAGGAUGUGGGUGUUGGUUUUUCACAACAAUAAAUGAAAAAUGCAAUGUUACAUUUUGACCAUAUUGAAGAUGCAAGAAGAGACAGGUCUUAAAAAGUUAUUAAGAAAACUACUAAAUCCCACCAUGGGAUAUUUAGAUGUGUAGAACAUAGCUCAGUUUUUCAAAAGCAACUGACCUAAAGGGUUAAAGUUGUAACUGACACAUUUCAAAUUAAAAUUAUGUUUAUUUUGUACAGAAAGCAAUGUUAAACACAGGCAGAUCUGUUGUAUGUAAUAAGUGACAGAGUUUUUAAAAUUAUUUAGCUUUAUUGAUGUUUUUGUUUCAUUUCUUCUAGACCUGGAGUAUCAUGUCAUAAACGGCAGUCUUGCACCACGGUAGCAGGCCCUUUUGUUUUGUACAUAUUGAUUGGACCUUUCUUUACUGUUACGUGGACACUUUCUAUGUUAGUUUUGAUGCAUAAUUCUUGGAAUCCUUUUAUACAAACUAGAAUGUAUGUGUAAGAAUUCCUGUCCCUGCAAUGUAGUAACUAUAAACUUAUUUUUAAAUAAAUAGAAAACUUGUUUUUCUAAGCCAUUUUGUAGAGCCUCAUGAUUUCUUUGCUUUGUUUUGAUUAGUUUUGAACAACAUAAAGCACCUGGUACGUACUCCAUAGGCAACUUACCAAAGCAAUUGUGAUAUAGAAGCCAUUAUGUAAAUUCUGGUUCGUUAGAGAUUCCAUUUUUCUGUCUAUUUGUGAAAUGUUAAAACCACUAUCAAAGAUUUCAAGCACCUAAUGUAAUUCCAGAGUGACUGAAGGUUAAAAAUAAAGACUCCUUUGCCUUUC